CUCUCCCCCCCCUCUCUCUCUCUCUCUCUCUCUCUCUCUCUCUCUCUCUGUCUACACAAUCCUGUUUUGCUCUUCACAGCUUGAAACCCCAAACGGGCCAAACCCGACCACCCAAACAAUCCACAGUAGCAAAACCCUAAUCUCUCACACAGCGAGCUACCCUUAACCCCCCCUCGAUUAUAUCUUUAUUACGAUCCUGCCCCUCUCCCCUCUGCAACUAUUUUAUCUUCCAGAAAUGCCCUCCCAUGGCCGCCUCGCCGUCUUCCUCUGCGUCAUUCGUUGAGUAGAAUCAGUCUAUAAUAAGGCGAAGCUGUUCGAGGCAUUGGCUUCGCAUUUCUUCUAGAAUAUUCUGUUCUCUAUUAUUGCUGGAACUGUGCCAGGCAAUUGAAGUCGUUUGGUUGCUGCAUCUAGUGAGAGUUUGCAACUUUGGAAGUCAUAAGUAGUAUUGUGGAUAUUUCAAGACAUUUUAAUGGAGCUGAAAGUUCCAUCUCUAAAGCCAGUGAGUCUUUCUCCUGAUUGUGUCAGUGAUCCUGAGGAGAAGGAAGUCAGUGAUGAUGAUGAUGAUGAUCGAAACCAUAAGCAUCGUAGGCGGGAGACUCGUUCUCAAUCUUUGGAAAGAGAUGCUCUGGAACAUGUGAUAACAAGGCCGUAUAGAAAACGCAACAAACCUUUCGAAAAUGGGCAUCCUUUCAGGGAAAAUGAAUCUCAAGCAAGUGAGAAAGACUUAUCUUCAAAGUUUGAAAGAAGACGCCCUGGCUUAACGUCACUCCCUCGAGCCUCUUUUGAUUUAAAUCAAAGAUUUCACGCAAACCAAACAUUUUCUGGAGCUGGUCCUGGUAGGGGACGAGGCAGGGACUCUGGUUCUUGGAACCUACGUGAUUCUAGGUUCAGCUCAGUUGACAUUGCAUCUCAAAUGGUUCAGCAGGGGUCCAUUCCUCCAAACCUAUAUAAUGGAAGAGGGUUGCCAAAUGUUUCAAAUGCACAAAGUGCAUCCUGGAAUGCUUUUGGAUUAAUUACGGGACUACCAACUGGUGGCCUGGAUACGCUCCAUUCCAUUGGUUUGCAAGGACCACUGGGACCACCCAUCAAUUCUUCAAUGAAUAUGGGCAUUCCUCGCCAACGCUGUAGAGACUUUGAGGAGCGUGGAUUUUGUUUGAGAGGGGACAUGUGCCCCAUGGAGCAUGGCGUCAAUCGGAUUGUUAUUGAAGAUGUUCAGAGUCUUUCACAGUUUAACCUUCCUGUUUCACUACCAAGUGUGCACCUACUGGGAACACCUGCUGGAACUGGACCACUAUCAUCAGUUAGUGCUUCUUCAACUACUUUGAUGAACAGCAAAGGAUUGCAUAGCAAAAGUGGCAAGCCUGGUAUUGCUGAUGAUGGUUUGGGCUUGAAUGGUGCAUUUUCUGGUUCUGGUUGUGCGGGUGGAGCUGAUUUAUAUGAUCCUGAUCAACCCCUGUGGAAUAAUAAUUGUCCUGAAACAUCAAAUGCCCUGCUCACCCUACAAUCACCCAAUGAUGAAACUCAGUCUGUGUUGAAUGACGAUCCUUCCGAUAGGCAUAAUGGCAGGUUAUGUGACGGUGCUGAUAAUGAUUGUUUAGUUAGAAGCACCGGAACUGCUGUUGGUUCACAGGGUACCAGUUCGUCUGUUUGGGGUAGAAUCGGUAGUUCAAAAAAUAGAUUAGAUGCGAAGGCAAAAAUUGAUUCUAUUAUGAAUUCCUCUGAUUAUCUUGAGAAUGAAGCUCAGGAAGAUAAAGGGGCCUUAGCCAGAGUUCAAGGCACUUCCCGUCAAGUAAAGCGGAUUGUUACCGAGAAUGUCAGCCCAAAAGGUAUGGAUUCAUCUUCCAAAACACUGGGUGAUAGUACGCGUAACAUUCGGAAGCCUUCUCAAAAGGCACUGCGCACUCUAUUUGUCAAUGGCAUUCCCCAGAAAAGCAAUAAAAGGGAGAAUCUUCUUUCUCAUUUUCAAAAAUUUGGAGAGGUAAUCGAUAUUUAUAUACCAGUAAAUAGUGAACGAGCUUUUGUCCAGUUCUCAAAAAGGGAAGAGGCAGAAGCUGCUCUCAAGGCACCUGAUGCUGUAAUGGGUAACCGCUUUAUCAAGCUGUGGUGGGCUAAUCGCGAUAGCAUUCCUGAUGAUGGCAUAAGCAGCAGCAGUAGUGUAUCUGUAACUCCACGUGGUGUUGCAGCCACUUCCGUUCCAUCUCAUCCUUCUGUUGCUAGCAUAGGAAAAGAUAUUAAUCAAUCUGCUGCUCCAAAGAAUAGUGUUCUCCAUGCUUCUGAUGCUCCUGUACCUGUCUCUGAACAUCCUAAGCCCAUCAUCUCAGAUAGUCCUAAGGCACCUCCUCUGCAAAAGAAGCUAGAGAGUUUAGAGCAGUUGAAAGAUGAACUUCGCAAGAAACGGGAAUUGCUGGACCAGAAGCGGAAUGACUUCCGGCGCCAGUUACAAAAACUUGAGAAACAAGCUUCAGGACUUAAGGGCGAGGUAGUUGCUGAACAAGCUGCUAAGAGACCUAAAGUGGAAAUAGUGGCUGAUAUUGCUAAACCUGCUACUCCGAGGUCCUCCUCUGAUCCUGGUUCUGUGGCAUCGCCACAUGCUGAGAUGGUGGGGGAUAAGAACAAAUCAGUGGAUAAUGUUUUGUCCCAGAGUCCUAAAACAGGAACAACCGUGGUGCUUCAAGAAUCUAUUAGCUUAAAGGAGCCAAUUCGUCAAUUAGCAUCAGGAGGGGCACCUUUUCCAAUGAACAGAUACAAAUUGGACAAUCGUCCUCCUGCAUUUAGAAUUAUUCCGCCUUUACCGCCUGGACUUGCUAGUGUUACUGUUUUGAAGGAACACUUCUCAUCAUAUGGUGAUCUUUCUAAUGUGGAGCUAGAAGAUCUAGAAGCUAGCGAGUCAGAGGGAUUGAAAAACUGCUCGGCUUGUAUAACUUUUGCGGCACGUCGUUCAGCUGAGAGAGCAUUUGUUAAUGGAAAAUGCUGGCAAGGCCACAAUUUGAAGUUUAUGUGGCUGACAUCUAGCAAUUCUAGGAGCGACCCUGGUGUGAGAGAAAAUUCUCCAUCCAAUCAAAAGGGGCAUUCAGAACCCGAAGCACAGGCUGCAGAAAAAUUUGCUUGUAUUGUUUCCGAGGAGGAGGUUUCUGCAUCAGAAAAUGGAGAGCCCCAAAAUCAAAUAAGAGAAAGUUGUGUUGAUCAUAUGGAACUGGGUGAAGAUUCAGAGCCUGGUGCAAGCUCAACGUCUGGCGAGAAAGAGUUGCCUAAAGGCGAUGUCUGUUGAAGAUGUGUUAGUCGGAUUUGUACAGUGAGGUAAAAUGCUAAAUCAUUAAUCUGUAAUUUUCAGGAAUGUUUCUUUACCAAUUGCUGAAAAUUGAUUUUCCAACGUUUUUUAUUGAAUGCAUGGGGAUGUGUAAAAAGGGGAUUUCUUGAUUUUUGACUGCCACCUGAGAUAUUGGUUGGUAUAGUUGAGAGGUUAAUCAUGUGGUCUUUUAGCUUAGAAGAUGUCUAGGACCAAAGGAUAUAUGUUUAAAAACUCUGUUGAAAAUUAAUCAAAUGUUUACAUAUCGAAGAUUUGGGAUCUGAUUCCCAUUCUGUUUGUA